AUGGCAGCCAAGUUUUUACAGAGAGACAUCUUUGUCGUUCAACGCGAGGAAGCCACCCCUCAGUGGCGUUGCCGCAAGUAUCACCCCGUUUCGAUGACCAUACGGGGACGGGCGGUGGCUUCUGUAAAAGAGUACCCCCUUUCUAUUAUGGCGUGUAUCGACGAGCUGCAGGCUACCAAAGUCGAGGCGGCCCAGGCUCUACCGUUAGUGUUGCGGUUUGGCGGCGGCCACUACUCGGCAUUUCUCCAUUCAGCGGGAGUUGCCGAUCCGUUAAACCUUACCGAUACCCAGGACGGGCCGAGUGCGUCGCCGCAGGAUCCGGUCCACUCAUUCUGGGACGCUAGAGCCACAUCGUUGGUACCAUUGAAGGAGAAAGGCGCUUCAGCACUGCCCUCAGACGACAAACGCCUUUCAGACAGCGGUGACCGGACGUCGAUCGUCAUUACGACGCUAGAGACGCGGUCGCUCGAACCUUGGCACAACCCUCUUGUCAAUUGGCUUUAA